GGAAGUAGACUAUCUUGCCGUGAAGGGUAUAGCUGUCGUAACAGCUAUACGAUUUAGAGAAACGAUAUCUUAAUUUGACAACCAGGGCAGUUGUACCCAUGCGCAAUAGAGUUGAUCAAACACCGCGCAGACUGUCCAAUGUGGAUCUGAGUUAGCCCAGAUACGGGAUUCCCCUGUGACGUCACAAUACAACCCUCGAUAAGAGGAGGUCUUCCUGUGCAGGUGCACACUCCAGAGUAUUAUAAAACUGAAGGUACACAGACUGCUUAUCCAGAUUCUGGAUCGAUAGCUGAAGGUGAUCCCGAUAUGAUGGUGCAAGAACCCAAAUACACCGAUGUUAAAGUUCCAAUCAUGACAAACAACUCGAACCAACCCAGCGGGCUCGACGCGGAUAGUACGUCCGUAUUCCUCGGAAGCAGCGCCACCUAUAGUGGAGAGUACAACGCCAUCUAUAGACGGAGAUACCACUGGUCAACCAGCAGCCCCGAGCAAUCUGACGAGUGUUGUUUGAAGUCCUGCUGUGGAGCUUGCUAUUUUCUUGGUUACCUGUUUUGUCUGCGACAGAUGACACGUGCAAAACGUGCUCAGAUCAUAUGGACAUAUUGUUUUGCGUUGGCAGUGGUUGGGGCGAUGGUGUGUGCUUUAAGCGUGUUCGGUCCUUUUGAACAGGAUGUGACUCCAACUGACAUGCGUAUUGUUAACCGGAAGAUAUCAACUCUUUUCUGUGACAGCCUCACUCUGGACUCGACUUCUGAGUUUUCGGCGUAUCUGCUUAACACACAGCCAGACGUUGACACAGAUCAGAUACAGAAAUACCAACAGAGAGACUCAGUAUAUAUUCUUAAUGGAGAUUACAGCUACUGGAAAUUUUACCUUUUGGAAGGAUCUGUCAUGAAUGUAAUGUCGUGCGCUGAUGCAAAUGUAGAUCUCUAUAUUAUGAAAGGUGAAGACAACUUCAACACGUGGAAAAAAGACAACUUUUGUUCGGACUGUUUUAUUCAGGACAUGAUUGUGACUAACGGCUGUCAAGACUCUAUGGACCAUUAUACGUUGAACGCAUCAACGUCCGACGACUACUACUUUGUCUACAAAAACAACAUCUACGAUACUUGGGUGACGGCAGAAUUCCGAUUAAAGAGGACACUGUAUAAUACGAAUGGAUUUACAGACAGGUGCUUGAACAGUGUAAACUGUGACCUUGACCUUGACCUGGAUUCAAACCAGGUCAUCGUGUACCAUAUAUCGGAUGACAGUUUUCCUGGUGAUUUAUCGAUAACAACAACAUGCAACGCAAGGCCAUGGGUUUACGUCCUAGCCUUCGCCGCAUGUCCGCUGUUCUUGGGUUGUGUUUUAACUACUUUCGUAUGUACAUGUUGCAAGGAUCCACGAAGCAACGGCCUCCGACAAAUUAGACCUCCUCGUCGCGUGUUGUCUCGUUUCUCGAACGAGAGAACAUCCUUAUUGGCAGGGAGACCCAGGGCUGAAGUGCCUCAGCCACCGAGAUACGAAGAGGUUGAUUCUAGCGCUCCACCCUCUUAUGAACAAAUCACUACUUGAUCGUGGCAAACCUUUCAGACGAUGAGUAAAUGAUUUUGGUUUAACAGGUUUAUAUCAGACAAGUCAACUUCCUGUCUGAGUGGUAAUGAGGGUUACCAUCCGGAAAAACCACGAGCACGGGUAUGGUGAUGAAGAGACCAUGCAUGUUUGCUGUUUCAUUCAUUCUCGGCCAGUGGCCUGGAAGGGUAGUUUGGAUGAUAAAAGUGCAUGGAUGUUGCUACUGUGCAUGAUGAUAAAGGUGAAAAAGUUCCCUCGACUGUAAUUUGGAUUACCCCCACAUUCCCCCGGUUGUAGUGAAAAUAGUCCACUUCGGUGGACAAUCAUUGGGGAAAAAAUGCAAUAACACGUGAUCAGUUCAGCUAAUCAGAAUGCAGGAAUGACAAUGAACACAGCGAAAAUAUAUUUAUUUUGUCAACAAUUGCCAGGGCAAGUAUAAACUAUUACCGGAUGUGAAUAAAGCCUUCAUCCCUUUGGGACGGCAGAGUA